AAUCAGCUGUUUCCUGAAUAAGCCAGAGUCACCUGAGACACAAAGAUGUUGGAAGAAGAUAUGGAGGUGGCUAUCAAGGUGGUAGUAGUAGGAAAUGGAGCUGUUGGGAAGUCCAGCAUGAUUCAGCGAUACUGCAAAGGGAUUUUUACAAAAGACUACAAGAAAACUAUUGGUGUAGAUUUCCUGGAAAGACAAAUCCAAGUUAAUGAUGAAGAUGUCAGGCUGAUGUUAUGGGACACUGCAGGUCAAGAAGAAUUUGAUGCAAUAACUAAAGCCUACUACAGAGGAGCCCAGGCUUGUGUUCUUGUGUUUUCUACGACUGACAGAGAGUCCUUCAAAGCAAUCCCUGCCUGGAAGGAAAAAGUUGUGACUGAAGUUGGAGACAUUCCCACAGUUCUUGUGCAGAAUAAGAUUGAUCUUCUUGAUGACUCUUGCAUAAAGAAUGAAGAGGCGGAAGCACUGGCAAAAAAGCUGAAGUUAAGGUUCUACCGAGCAUCUGUGAAGGAAGACCUAAACGUAACUGAAGUUUUUAAGUACUUAGCUGAUAAAUAUCUUCAAAGGCUCAAGCAACAGACAGCCGAAGAUACGGAACUAGUACAUACAAGCAGUAACAAGAUUGGUGUUUUUAACACAGGUGGUGGAAGUGACUCCAACCAGAAUUCUAGCACUCUUAAUGGAGGAGAUGUCAUCAACCUGAAACCAAACAAACAGAGGACCAAGAAAAACAGAAGUCCUUUCAGCAACUGCAGCAUACUUUAGACCACUUUGGGAGGAAAAAAAAAACAAGCCAGUGAAUUGGAUGAAGUUGUGCAAUUGAAUACAGAAUAAAGCCAGCUGUAGAGGUAUUUUUACCAGUGCUUUAGCAAAUCUUGUGCCUAUGGGAUCCUUGAGAGAGGGUGGAUUUAUAUAACCUUGCUGAUGCAGUUGUUUUCAGUGUUCGGAGUGAGACACCUGGUGGCAAAACACAGAACCGCGGCUGCCCGUGCACUUCGUAUAAAUUAGGCAAGCUUCUUUUUCAAGGAAUUAUUUCCAGAACUAUGAAUUAGGUAUUGCUGAAUUGCAAAGCACAUUUAGCACAAGGAUAAUACUUACAAGUAUAGGUACAGACCGUUUGUCGUGGUUUAAAGCCAGCCAGCAGCCAAGUACCACGUAGCCACUUGCUCACUGCCACAUCCUUCCCUCCUUCCCAGGUGGGAUGGGGAGGAGAAUCAAAAGACUGUAAACCCCAGGGGUUGAGAUAAGAACAGUGUAAUAACUAAAGUACAAAAUUACAGAUAAUAGAAAUAACACCAACAGUAACAAUACUGAUAAUAGUAGGGAACAAAAAAAAAAAAGAUAACUGAGGAUUCAGAAAACCCAAGUGAUGCACAAUACAACCACUCACCACCCACUGACUGAUAUCCAGCCUGACCUGAGCAGUGAUGUUGGCCUUCUGGCUGACUCCCCCCAGCUUAUGUACUGGGCAUGAUGUGCUGUGGUAUGGAAUACCCCUUUGGCUAGUUUGGGUCAGGUGUCCUGUCUCUGCUCCUUUCUGGCUUCUUGUGCCCCUCCUCACUGGCAGAGCAUGAGACUGAAAAGGCCUUGACCGGGGUAAGCGCUGCUGAGCAACAACUAAAAUACCAGUGUGUUACCAGCACUGUUCUCAGACUAAAGCCAAAACACAGCACUGCACCAGUUACUGGGAAGAAAAGUAACUCUACCCCAGCUGAAACCAGGACAUCGUAACACUAUGGCCAAAGGUAAAGUAGCAACCUUGCAGCUAAAUUUCAAACAAACAUUAGAGUUGGUUAGACAGGACACUAAGAAGAUAUAUGAAGAUCAAAAAGAAGACGCUAUAUUUUAUGCCUGACUAUAUUAUAAAGAUUCUGGCAGUUCUGUUGGUGCAAUAUAUUUGUGUUAUAUAUGAUUGGUGAGGUAUAUGUAAACAUCUGGUGUGAAUAUUUAGGCUAAAUUCCAGUGUAUUUGUUACUUGGGAGAUCAGCCAGUGAGCAUAAAAUAGCAUCUUCCAAAAAAAGUUCCCUUUCAAAAUGUUGCAUUUCAGAUGAGGCUUUCCCAGCCACCACUGUGUAUAUUUAACUUGCUCUACUUUGGGCCUAAAAGCUUAGAUUUAAAAAUGUAUGGUGCCAAAAAUGCUCCUUUUUACUUAAUGCAGUGCUACAGAUGUUUUUAUAAUUUUGUUUUUCUCUGUCUUAACCAGUUGAACAAGUAACAGGGUCUUUGACACUAAUAGAUAUUCAGAAGAAACAUAUAAUCAUAUUUCUCUUCAAAUUCGGUUGUUGUAUCCUGUGUUGUCUAUGAAAAAGGAACUUGCAACAUUGUGUCACAAGCCAGUUAUCUUGCCUGGAAAAUUGUUUCAUAGAUAUCAUAAACUAAGUCGUGGAGGAUCCAAAAACCUUGCAGCUGGGUGACUGAAUUACAUUUGUGAGACAUUCUUGAAUGUCAUCUCACGUUCAAAGUUAGCUGCUGGCUACACAAAAUCUGAUUCUGCAGGAUCAGAGACAUGGCAAAAAUUGUUCAAAGUGCUUAAAUAACACUACAGAAUUGAUUUAGAUGUUUAGGAGUCCAAAUCUAAAUUCAAAUAAUACGGGCUUAGGCUCCUAAAUCACCAUGGUGCUGUUAAAAAUGCUAAGCAAGGUAUCUUUUAUUGACCAAAAAUAAACACUUUCUAAUCUUCUCCAAGAGCACGCAUGCCUUGUGAAAAGUAUCCUUUUUGUUUACAUGGUUUUGUAUGGUAUAGUUUUAACUUUCUAGGAUUUCUACAGCAAACCUGCCAGUGACAAAUGCAAAAUAUGCUGCUUGAAGGAAUUCAGAGUUUUAAUAGUUUUGUAAGUGGUGUAUGAGAGUGAAAAUGGGUUGAGUGAUCUAUUUUUGGAGGAAGGACUUUUCACUGUGUGAAUUCAUGUAGAAAGCUUGACUUACUUUGUUACUAAGUCAAUGAGUGUGAAAACUGAAAUGUGCUUUUUCCCACUGCCUGCAGGGAGAGAAGUGGUUGGUGGAUUAUGCACAAACAACAGAGAUCUCUGAAAUCUGUAUUUAACAUUUACUUAUGUUAGACUUUCUACCGAGUACUGUUGUUUCUUUGACCAGCUGUUAGAGCAUCUCCUGUUGCUGGCACUAAGGUGGCCUCCAAGGCACUUGAUCCCCUUCGCUAGUGCAGCAAACUGUGUGUACUUCACUGUAAUGUUUCCUAUAAUUUCUCCUGAUAAAGGCCUUUGUUUUUUUAACAAGUGUGUUUAAUCCCUGUAUGUAUGUAUACAUGGUGGAGUCUAUUGGUCUUCUCAAUUUCAGAAGCAAGGUACUUAGCAUAAGACUUACGAUUGUACAUCAUUGGGCCACCUUACAACUUCAGGGUGUAGCACAGAGUGUAUGCGUGAAGAAUUUCGACAACUGUUUUUAAUGUGGAAACUUUCACAUUUUGUUGUCUGUCUGCCACUUCCACCUUUUUUAAUUCAUUUUUCUUGAAACAAGCCACAGUGUGUCUGAAACAUCCUUUUUGCCGUGUUUGACUUUGUACAGAGGACUGAAAAAUAAGUCUGUAUGACACGUAAUGACCAUUUGUACUAUUACGUGUUAUACUGUAGAUAUCAUAUUAUUACAUAAGCCAUUUGUAUUUAAGGUGUGUCAUUAUAAACCACUUUUUUAAGGACUGAAAACGAGUAGAAAUGUUUAUAGGUGGAGACUUGACCGACUUGCAAAAUUUAGGGUAUGUUGAAAUUCAGAACACACAUUAUAACAUAGGAAUACAGACUUGCAGCAUUGAGUAACAGUGAGCUUUCAUUUCUUUCCAUUCCAUUCCCAUCUUAAGUCUUUGUUGUGACUGUGCAUUGAUUGUUCUCCAAUGAGAAUGACUGAGGUGGAGACUGUCCCAUUAGCAUUUUUCUGGGGCGUGUUCUGCAUGUGCUUUGCUUGAAAAUAUUGUUUUAUCCUACUGGGGUUAAUGUGGAGGUGGAAACCAGAUGACUUCUGCAUUGCAGGAAUCUUUAGGUAUUCACCUCACUCCUCAGUGGGAGGGACUUUCUUUAGCCUUUUGGAUGCAAAGGCACGCCUAGACAUUUAGCACCCAUGUCAAUUUUUAUUGCAAACACUGGCUUCUCCGCUCAAAGCAUUUCAUUAAAAUACCAGAUGUUUCAGUAACUGUUAAAGCCUUGGUGAAGUAAGCAUGACACCAAAGCCCCUGUUGUUUCUGUGUUGUAUCUAUUCCGUGAAUGGCUGUUCUGUCAGGAAGUGGAGCAUCACUUCCUGAUGAUGCAAAGCCGUAAUGCUAGGGAUGUGUUUCCAACUGGAAAUAAGGAAUCUCAGAGUUGUAAGACUGAUCACACUAGGAUUUUUGUGCAUGGGCGCAUGUGUGGUUAAUUUAGAAAAUGAAAUAUUCCACUUCAGACAAUUUUGGAGAAAUGCUUACCUUUUUUAGUCAGAAUGCCUGAAUUACCAUACUGUCAGUUGAUUUCCUGUUUAAUUUUUUUAUGAUUCAGUAAAUUGUGUCAUCUUUUUUUUUUCUUUCCCCUCCAUUACUGGGCUACACAAUGUAUCCAACACAUAGCUUUCCCUUUGCGCCACUUCUGCAGUUCUAUGUUAUACUAAAGGGAACUGAGCAGCUGACCACGUUGUGCUCCCUGUAGUUACACAGGGGUACCUGCACAAUACGGAGCAUACAUGCACUUUGAACCUCUUAAUUCAUCUUCUUCAAGUUGGUAGCUACCAGUUAAUAACUGAAUGAAUGAUUUGCGCUGCAGAACCCUCUGUGGGAAUUCGGUCAUAGAGCAAACUAACAAACAUGCUGCUUGGAUUCCAGUGGCAGUACUUAGACCCCUGCUGCUUCUCUAAAUGUAAUCAUAGACCUCUGGUUGAAGCUGCAAUACCUGCACACUAAUAGUGCAUAAACCAGAGAGCAACAAGCUUGGUUUCAUCAAAACGACCUUACCAUCUUCCUGUAGGAAGCAACAGUUGUGCCUAUCUUCUUUUUAAUGCUCAGACAGUAUUGAGAGAAGAAAAUACUUCUGUGUGAAAUAAGGCAUUCAAACAGGUAAUGAAAAUUAGAGAAGAAAAAAUGCAGCAAUGCUUAGAUGUAAGGUGAAAGGUGCUGUAAUAGAAUUAAGAGAAACUUUCAAACACUUCUGUGUCACAGAAGUGCUGUAUCAAUCAUUUCAAGGCCAGGUGAGUCCCACUACUGAACUCAUUCUCAGGUUUCUGGUAGUAGGGUAAUACUGAUAAAUAAUUUGUGGAUGAGUGUUCUUCCUUCUCUUCCUGAGAUAAAUGUGGUUCAGCAGAACCGAAUAAAAUUGGUCAGAAAAACCUGAAUCUGGACCAGGAGAAUUCUGCUGUCAGUGCAAGAGUGAAGGUGCAUUGUUACUAAUGAAUGACUUACUCUUGUUUGCAAGUUCACAUGAAUCAGAAUGGUCAAAACACAAUGUUCAGAACUGGUUUUAUCACUGUCAUGAUCUCAAAUAUAUGUAAUGACUUUUUUUUUCUAAAAAUAUAACAUAACUUACCAUACAUCCUCAAGUGGAAAAUAAAUGUUUAAACCUGAA